GAAUUUUUUUACAUUAUGCUGAAACACUUUCAGUUCAUUAAAUUACAUAUUUAUAUUUCUAUUAGGAGGAUUCGUGUUAGAGGUGGCAACGUGAAGUGGAGGGCACUGAGAUUGGAUACUGGAAACUUUUCAUGGGGUAGUGAAACAGUAACUCGCAAGACGCGUCUAUUAGAUGUGGUUUACAAUGCCUCAAACAAUGAGCUUGUGCGAACCCAAACCCUGGUCAAAAGUGCUAUUGUUCAGGUUGAUGCUGCUCCGUUCAAACAGUGGUACCUUCAGCACUAUGGGGUUGAUAUUGGCAGAAAGAAGAAAACAACAUCCAAGAAGGACUCUACAGAGGAGGGUGAAGCUGCUGCUGAAGACGCAAAGAAAAGUAACCAUGUGCAGAGGAAACUUGAGAAUCGCCAGAAAGAUCGUACUCUUGAUGCCCACAUCGAAGAGCAAUUUAGUGGUGGCCGAUUGCUGGCAUGUAUUUCUUCUCGCCCGGGUCAAUGUGGCAGGGCUGAUGGGUACAUACUAGAAGGUAAGGAACUGGAAUUUUACAUGAAGAAACUUCAGAAGAAGAAGGGAAAGGGUGCUGCAGCCUAAUUUUGUGUUUUCCAAAUUUCUUCUUGUCUUUGAGUUGGUUUUGUUGAAAUUGGUACUGUUCAAGAUGAUGUUGUAGGAUAUUGUUAGUAUGAACGUUUGACUAGUUUUAUGCUAAUGUCAUCUGAAUUUUGAUUUUGGCCUUUUA